AUGACUGACUUCAGCGAACCGCGAAUUUCGGGUCACAAUAUCUUCGGAGGACGUCAGCACCAGAGUGACACGAACACUGACAGAUCGCCGCAUUCUAUUAUUGAUCAUGCUGCAUUUGAUGCCUACACGAAAUUGCGUCAGAUAGCUAAAGACUAUAACUGUGAAGACACAUUAGUGAUACCACAGUUAGUUAUUGUCGGUGAAACCUCGGUCGGAAAAUCAAUGCUGGUACAAAACUUUCUAGGUUUCCCAUGUUCAUUCUCGGAAACAAAUAUAGCUACCCGUUGUCCUGUAGCCUACUGCCUUCGUUAUAAUUCGUCACUAGCAGAUAAUGAAAUACAUUUUAGCCGGCCUAGUGGAUUAAGACCAGAAGAAUUAGCCGAUCAUUUGAAAAAUUAUAUGAAACACAUCGAAAAGACAACGGGUUUUAGUGUAGAACCGUAUGUUAUCGAAAUACAAAGUAAGCACUAUACGGAUUUUGAAAUAUUAGAUGUUCCGGGACUUGUCGGCGGAGACGAAGAUCCAAAACGACGCGAAGCCGUUGAACGCAUCACAGAACAGUAUGUACGCGAUCCAAAAUUUUCUAUUGUACAACUGAAAUCAGCUGAGCAGCUAAAGUCCAAUGCCUAUGGCAUACGUUGUAUACAGGAACUGUGUACAAAAAAUCCAGCAAAGUAUAAUAAAUCACUUGCGCCACGACCUGACUACCGUAGUCAGACCAUAACAAUACAGACAUUUUUUGAUACAUUUAUGACACACAACACCUCUGCUACAGCUGCAAAUGAAGGUCUCGAACAGUCGAUUCAAGAUUUUGGCGAAACAUAUUUCGUUAAUAUGAUAUUUGACGGUUACUCAUUUUCAAAGCACAACUUCGAAGAGAAUGUCCAGUAUCUUCAGAACCUGCCGCGAUCAGAAAAACGUAAUGUGGACCGAUGG